AUGGCUCAUUUCCAUGAGUAUAUAUACCGUGCAUCUCCAGACCUCCAGAGACCGGACCACCAGCCAGAGAUGGACAGCUCCCCGAAACCUCAGUACCUCGAGGAUCAAGAAGCCCAAACGAAGACAGGCGGAAAGCGAGGAGGAUGGAUCACUCUUCCCUUCAUAGUUGCCACCAUGCUGGGGCUGGGGCUGGCCGUCAACGGGACGACCAGCAACAUGCUGGUGUACCUGCUCAAGGAGUACCACGUGGACGGCGUCAAAGCCGCGCAGAUCGCCAACGUCGUCCGCGGCUCCCUCAACCUCGUGCCCAUCGCCGGCGCCGUCCUCUCCGACUCCUACCUCGGCUGCUUCCCCGUCAUCCUCGCCGGCGCCGCCAUCAACGUUCUGGCUUUUGUGUUGUUCACACUCACCGCGGCGCUGCCAUCCCUGAGGCCGCCACACUGCACAUUGUCGUCGGCUGAGUGCCAGCAAGGAUCCCCCGGGCAACUCUUCGUGUUGUACGCUGCCAUUUGUCUUCUCGCCAUUGGCGCUGGCGGGACACGUUUCAACAUCGCGACAAUGGGCGCGGACCAGUUCAGCAGCACGCGCGACAAGGACAGCUUCUUCAACUGGUACUUGGUCUUCCUCUACGCCUCUUUCAUGCUCGGCGACACAGCCAUCGUCUACAUCCAAGACAGUGUGUCAUGGGCGGUGGGCUUUGGUGUUUGCCUCGCCACGACGGCAUUCGGCACAAUCAUGCUUCUUCUAGGCGUGUAUUACUACCGGAUGCCGGCGACAAAGGCCAGCCCGUACACAGAGCUGGCUCGCGUCAUCGUGGCCGCCGUGCGCAAGGGUAGCAUCAAAGUUUGCGGAGCGCAAGGCAGUGUACAUUACAAUGUGGGCGCCGGCGCUGUUGUGGACCCAUCCGGCGAUGGGGCACCAAGUAAAAGCUUAAGAUUUCUGAAUCGAGCCGCCAUGAUCACUACAAGCGACAAAUCAUCCGUGUCCGGGGAUGUGUCAGCUGGCUCGUGGCGGCUGUGCACGGUGCAGCAAGUGGAGGACCUCAAGGCCGUCGUCAGCGUCUUCCCGCUGUGGUCCUCCGGCAUACUGUUGUUCAUGUCGAUCGGCGUGAUGAUCGGCAUGAUCGUCCUACAGGCGCUCGCCAUGGACCGCUCAGUCGGACCACACUUCAGCAUCCCGGCAGGGUCGAUCGGUGUCAGCUGCCGCGUCUCGUUCAUCUUGGCUACCCUAGUCCUGGACCGUGCCGUCUUCCCUCUUUGGCGCAAGAUCACCGGCGGCACGCCACCGACCCCGCUGCAGCGCGUGGGCAUCGGCCACGUGUUGAACGUGGGGGCCCUGGUCGCCGCCGCACUGGUGGAGCGCCGGAGGCUUGCACAGCCUGGCGUGCCCAUGUCCGUGAUGUGGCUCCUGUUCCCGAUGGGAAUCGCUGGGGUCGGGGAGGCCCUACACUUUCCUGGCAACAUGGCCUUCUACUACCAGGAGUUCCCCAAGACGCUACGGAGCCUGGCUACGGCCAUGGCGCCGAUGCUCGUCGCGCUGGGGUUCUUCUCAAGCACUAUGUUCAUGGAUGUGGUGGCGCGGGUCACCAUGUGGCUGCCGGAGAACAUAGACCAUGGGAGGCUGGACAACGUCUACUGGACGCUUGCGGCGGUGGGCACAUUCAACUUUGCCUACUUCCUCGCUUGCGACAGGCGUUACAAGUACCACAACCGCACGGCGAUGUAG